CAUUAAACCCUAAAUCCUGAAAUGCUUCACUAAAGUUAAAAGCUUUUGGAGUAGAUUCAAUCAACUCAUUAAACCUUAGCUUCUUCCCACUUCGAAUCUUUUCUUUUGAAUAAAAAUGACCAUCCAUUCGGUUGUAAUCCAAAAACUCUUAACAACAAAUGCUCACAUCGGCCGUCAAGUUGCUACCCACCAUUUCAAACAAUUUACCUACGGCUUCCGAAACAGACAAGCCAUUAUCGAUUCCGACAAGACCCUGAUCUGUCUCCGCAAUGCUCUCAACUUCCUCUCCUACCUCUCGCGUGAUCCGUCUUCCUCUUUCCUCUUCAUCAACACUAACCCACUUUUCCAACCCAUUAUCGACGAGAUGACGACCAGAGUCUCGAGCUUAAGCCCCGAGAGGGCUAGCAGUCUCUGGAGAUUGCGUGGGUUUUUGACCAACAGUUUUAGUCCAAAGAAGUUUCGGUCUAGGAACAAGAAACUGGUUUUUGCGCCUACCAAGAUGCCGGAUUGUGUUGUGAUUUUCGAUACCGAGAGGAAAAGUUCGGUCUUUUUGGAAGCGGAAAGGUUGGGGAUUCCGAUAGUUGCCUUGGUUGAUUCAAGUAUGCCGUGGGAGUAUUAUAAGAAGGUUACUUAUCCGAUACCGGCUAAUGAUUCUGUCCAGUUCGUUUAUUUGGUGUGUAAUAUGAUCACUAAGUGUCUUAUGUUGGAGGAGAAGAAGAAAGAUGGGGCAAAGGGGAUUCGGACGAAGGCUACCAACGAGGACAAAGUAGAGAGCAUAGGUGAGAGCGAGGGAACUGCAAGUGAUGAAGUGCUUGUUGUUCCUUAUGACAACUUAGCACCUCUUUCUGAUGAUAUUGCUGAAUCUAAGCAGCUUUUGGAUAAGCUUGUUGUGGUGAAGUUUAAUGAAGCUUCUGGAAAACAUAUGGGUUUCAAUGGUCCCAAGUCUUUGAUGGAAGUUAAAAAUGGGUCAACACAUCUUGACUUAAUUGUUAGCCAAAUUCAGUCACUGAAUUCCAAGUAUGGAUGCAACAUUCCUCUGUUUUUGAUGAACUCAAAGAGAACACACAAUGAUACCUUAAAGGUUUUGGAGAAGUAUUCCAGCUCAGACAUCGAUAUACAUCCUUUUGAACUGGGCGAACAAACUCUAGAUGAAUCAAUUUUCAGUGAGGGUGGCGAGGAUGAAUGGCAAUCUUCUAAUCAUGGCGCUCAAUUCCUUUCCCUCAUGAAUGGUGGAACUCUUGAUGUAUUACUUUCCCAGGGUAAGGAGUAUGCCCUUGUGGUUAACCCAGACAACGUGGGCAGUGUUGUGGACCCCAAAAUCUUGAACCAUUUGUCCCAAAACAGUAUUGAAUAUUGUUCGGAGGUGAUGCCAACCACCUCAAUUGGUUUAAUCAAUGUUAUGGCUAGUUCACUCCAAGGAAAGUUCAAGCUUGAAGAUUUUACUUCAGAAAAUACACAAAAGUUUGUGAAAGGGUUCAAAUUCAUUGAUACAAGAAACCUGUGGCUAAAUUUGAAAGCCAUUAAAAGGCUUGUAGGAACGAGUGCACUGGGUUUGGAUAGCCUUUCUAAUUCAAAGUUAUUUAAAAAAUCAGUUGGCAUUUCCAUUCCACAGUCUCGUUUCCUUCCAUUGAAUUCUACAUCAGACUUACUUCUUCUCCAGUCGGACCUUUACUCAUUUAAGGAAGGCAUUUUAGUUCGAAAUGGUGAUAGGGUCAGUCCUAGUAACCCUCACAUUGCUUUAGGACCUAAAUUCAAAAAGCUAAUCGAUUUCAAAAGUCGAUUUACAACCAUUCCUAGCAUUGUCAAGCUGGAUAGCUUGGAAGUGGAGGGUGAUGUUUGGUUUGGAGCUGAUGUAACACUCAAGGGGAAAGUUAUAAUCGAUGUGGACCCUGGGCAACCUUUGCGAAUUCCCGAUGGAGCUGUGCUCGAGGAUAAGGAGAUUGACAGUCCUGCAGACAUUUGAGGAGAGAAAUGGUUUCUACCAUUUUGGUGGAUGAACAAAUAAAGACAUUGUAAGAUCAUGUUAUUCAGAUUAUGUUUUAUUGAAACAGGAAA